UUGAAAAUCACAAAUAUGUCCAUGAUUCCAUUCUUUCCCAAUCUCAAGCCUUCGGUGGCCAAUCGGUAUUGGUUCGAUGUGACCUCCGACGAAGAGAUGCAAACGAGGCGAUACGAGGACGAGCGCAGGAAUUGGCGAGAGUCGUUGAAAACAGCCGCAACGGACUUGCAGCCGCUGGGCAAGGUGCACACAAUAACCGGCGUUGAGACGGAUGACGAGGACGCCAACGACGACAGCGAGGACACCGAUAGCCACGAUGAGGAGGAUGACGAGACUAACGAUCGCGUUAUUCCAGUUACCCAGGACUUUUACUCGGCCGACGAUGUACAGAUGAAUGAGGAGACGUCGCCCACAGUUCCAUACACCAUUUAGUUAAAUAUUCAUUAAGGUUGCGUUUAUAGAGUUCCCUUUACAAACUGUAUUAACAAGUUUCGUUUACUUUAAUCUUAAAUAAAUUAUAAACAUAUUAAGCAAAAUAA